UGGAUUAUGGGUAGAUUUUAUUUCCUGUCACCCAAAACAUGCGCCAGGAUGAAUCGUGGGCAAACUGUACGACUUGGUUUAAGUGGUAAAUGCAAGUAACGUAAUACAAAAUGACCAGGACGAGGCCCAAUCCCCGUAUGUUGACCUCCGUCCUCUCUCGUCACAGAAACGUGGACUUUCUUCCUUUAUUUACUUUUUCUCUUCUCGCGGCAGACACAUCUGACCAAUAAGCGGAGAGAACGUUCUCGCGUAGUUUUACGUGACGUGUUUUGGUGCACUUGGAUUUUUCUGUGUGUGAAAAGAAACCCAACCAAGGAGACAUUGCUAGAUGUUUACACACUCGUCAACUGAUUCGGACCAAAGCAAACGAAUUAAGCUGCCUUGACCUCAAACACCUUCAUGGUGGAGGAGCCUGGUUAUUACAGGAAAACUGUCUCCAUGCAAACAUGUAAGACUUUUUAAAUAAGGUUUACUAUUUUCCCUUGUAGUGGUCUUCAUAGUGGUCCAGUGUAGCUGCUACGCUUAUGGUCAGAGCCCCCUCUGGAAUACAUACCAUGAAUAUCUUCAUCCCCAGCAUCCUGCUCAGUAUGGGAGGGAAAUGUUUGCUUAACUGGGCCCUGGUGUUCUUCCAGAGAAACUGCAUCUGCAGAAGCUUUGUGGGUGUUUUCAGUGUUUCCCUGGCUGUAGUCGACACCGCCCUGACACUUCUUUUCACCACCAUUCACAUCCACAGCAAUGGACACAUCUUCCUGUUGGGCUUGCACCUGACCAGAUACCACAUAUGUUUGCUGCUUCAAAUCCUCGAACAGGUCUACAACGCUCUGCAGUGGCCUGUUGUGGUCAUUGCUGGGUUGAACCAUUUCUGCACAGUUUCUCAGAGGCUGCAACCUGCCGGGUCCAUGGCAAGAUGGAUCAUUUACUUAUUUGUAACAAUCCUCCUGUGGUAUCUCGCUGCUUUCUACAUCUUCCUACUGUCUGACUUCAUUCCUGUGUUGGAGGAUGUGCCUUACCAGCAGAUGCACCAGUGCUGGAUCAUUUGCUCCUCUCAGAUCCUGCAAGUUGCCACGCUACUUCUCUUGACUCUUGGCUGUGCAGCACUGUAUACUGGGUACACUACACGAUUACUAAAAAGUCCUCCUGUGGAAGACCAAAUUACCGACCAAAGUGGAAUGCACUCCAGGAGAAGUAUUGUUUGCCAAGCCCUGAAUAUACUUGUGAACACUUGGACUCCGUUCUUUAUUUUUUUGGCCGUAUUACUCCUGCUACCAGUACCCUCAUACCUGGGUCUGAAUGUUGCCUGGCUCUGCUUCCUCAACAGCUUCCUGAUAGGAACUGUUUUAUGUGUAGUCUGUCCAACCUCGCAGUUAGCACAAGGCUUGGCAGCAGUACCUCACGACAGCUUCUGUGAGUGGAGGUUUAAAUUUAGCUUGGCUGCAAAGGAUGAGUGUGCAAAAUAAAAAGUCUAUAUGCAGGAAAUUAGCAGUGUUGGUCUAGUGAUGGAUGGCCAUGCUGGUCAGUCAGUCUAACACUUUGGCCGAUGCUGAACUAUCUCAGGGUGGACUGCCAUAAAGUUUUGCACAGACAUCCAUGGUCACCAGCGGAUUAACUCUGAGUUCAAUUACUUUUCCUCAAGCACCACCAGAAGUCCAAGUUUUCAUUUAUCCUCAUAAAUAAAUAUUUCCAAGAGAGAAUGAUACAAAAUUUAGAAGACAUUCUUGGUUCCCAUACAAUUACAACUGUCAACAACAGUGGAUUAAUAACACAAACUAUGGUAUGGGAGUUGUAAUAACCCUGGUGAAUCCCUAUUUGGCUCCAUCUAUGUGCUCAUUUAGCAUCUCUUUUGUGGCUAUUUUCCUCAUUCUGUGUAUUUGUUAAGUGCAGCAUUUAGCAGUUAAAGAGCCACAUAUUUCACUCAGGAGCUGGUGAGAAGUGAAUAUUGGACUUAGAUUCAUCAAGUGAACACAACCACACCUUCAAACAAAGUGCUGCUGCUCCAUAAUUGCUGGACGUGUAAAUAAGCACCUAACAUAAUCAGUGUCAUGUCACUGCAGGUUUACUAUUUUCCCUUGCAGUGGUCUUCAUAGAGGUCCAGUGUUCCCCUGUCGUUGGAAAGUCAACAAGGCCCGAUAGGCCUAUUCCAUAAUGCAUCCAUGAAAAUAAUAAAUACUUGUUAACUGAUGCUUGGUUUGUGCAAUCAACAAUUAGUUUCUGAUCACAUAAGAAACCAAAACUGCUAUUACAAUUGUUUCUGGUUAAUUUGUUGAUUAACUGAUUAUUUGUUGUUCAAAUGACCUGUACAUGUUUCCGAGGUGCUAUUUUUUACCCUUGUCGUAUGUGAUUUCAUAUUAAAUGAAAAUGUGUGACUGUUCAGUCUGUGAGGGAGUUAUAAAGACAAAAUAAACAUUACAAGUGGAUGAAAAAACUAAAGACAACAGUGGUUUGACACAAGAGAACCUUUCUUGAAUUUUAUCCAAGUUCAUUGUCUAUACAGGGUUUAUGUACAAGAUCUGAAAUCAGGGAAGGGCAAAAACAGAAAAAACAAACACUAGAUACAACUGAGGUAUUAGCUAAAAGCAUUUACAGGUAUGUCAUUUACUUGUAAAUAUCGAUGAUAAACAGAGAUGCAGUGUCUUCUGCUUAAAAAACAUCUUUCUAUAUCACAACAUGAGGUAGGAGAACAGUGUCUCGAUUCAUGCAAGAAUAAACGUCUCC